GGACGCGCGGCGGCGAUGGGCGGCCGGGGGCUGCCGGUGCCGCUGCUGCUGGGGCUGCCGCUGCUGCUGGGGCUGCCGGCGGCGGGGCGCGCCGCCUCCAAGGCGCUGGUGUGCCAGGAGAUCACGGUGCCGAUGUGCAAGGGCAUCGGCUACAACCUCACCUACAUGCCCAACCAGUUCAACCACGACACGCAGGACGAGGCUGGGCUGGAGGUGCACCAGUUCUGGCCGCUGGUGGAGAUCCAGUGCUCCCCGGACCUGCGCUUCUUCCUCUGCAGCAUGUACACCCCCAUCUGCCUGUCCGACUACACGAAGCCGCUGCCCCCCUGCCGCUCCGUCUGCGAGCGGGCCAAGGCCGGCUGCUCGCCCAUCAUGCAGCAGUACGGCUUUGCCUGGCCCGAGAGGAUGAGCUGUGACAGCCUGCCGGUGCUGGGGGACUCCGAGGUGCUGUGCAUGGGAUACAACCACACGGAAGCCACCACACUGCCGCCUUUCUUCGGGAAGCCCACGCGCCCUGCCAAGGACAUGGCCAAAAACCUGACGCCGCUCGAUGGGCAGCGCCUCUCAGGACUGGACUGUGGUCAGGCUUGCAAGUGCAAAGCACCCCUGAUCCCUAUCUCCAAGGAGUCCCAUCCGCUGUACAACCGCAUCAGGACUGGAAAGGUACUCAACUGUGCCAUCCCCUGCUACCAGCCCUACUUUACCCAGGAUGAAAAGACCUUUGCUACCUUCUGGAUCGGCCUCUGGUCCAUCCUCUGCUUCCUCUCCACCUCGACCACCGUGGCCACCUUCCUCAUUGACAUGGAGCGCUUCAAGUACCCUGAGCGCCCCAUCAUCUUCCUCUCUGCCUGCUACCUCUUCGUCUCCCUGGGCUACAUCGUGCGGCUGGUGGCAGGGCAUGCCAACGUGGCUUGCAACCCGGAGCACCACCACAUCCAUUACGAGACCACAGGCCCUGCUCUCUGCACCGUGGUUUUCCUUCUCCUCUACUUCUUCGGCAUGGCCAGCUCCAUCUGGUGGGUCAUCCUGUCCCUCACCUGGUUCCUGGCUGCUGGCAUGAAGUGGGGCAAUGAGGCCAUUGCCAGCUACUCGCAGUACUUCCACCUGGCUGCCUGGCUCAUCCCCAGUGCCAAAUCCAUUGCUGUACUGGCACUGAGCUCUGUCGAUGGUGACCCGGUGGCUGGGGUUUGCUACGUGGGCAACCAGAGCCUGGAGAACCUGCGGGGCUUUGUGCUGGCACCACUAGUGGUUUAUCUCUUCACCGGCAGCCUCUUCCUGCUGGCUGGCUUCAUCUCGCUCUUUCGCAUCCGCAGCGUGAUCAAGCAGGGCGGCACCAAAACCGACAAGCUGGAGAAGCUGAUGAUCCGCAUCGGCAUCUUCACCGUGCUCUACACCGUGCCCGCCACCAUCGUCAUCGCCUGCUACAUCUACGAGCAGCACAACCGCGAGGCCUGGGAGCAGGCGCAGAACUGCUCCUGCCCCGGGGACCCUCACCGCCCCAAGCCUGACUAUGCUGUCUUCAUGCUCAAGUACUUCAUGUGCCUUGUGGUGGGGAUCACCUCCGGCGUUUGGAUCUGGUCUGGCAAGACGCUCGAGUCCUGGCGGCGCUUUGGCACCCGCUGCUGCCGGGCCAGGAAGCCGGCGGGCGCCUCCGUGUAUGGCGAGGCCAGCCCGGCCCUGGUGGGCAGGACGGUACUGCCCAGCAUGGCCUCCUACCACAAGCAGGUCCCACUGUCCCAUGUGUGACCAGAGGGAGCCUCGGUGACCCCAGCCACAGGGAGGAGAGGGUUGCGAAGACCCUGGGCCACAGAAGAGGGGGUGACAGCUGGGCCACGCCUGGCAUCUUCGGCCCCACUGUGGUGGUGCUGCCUGGGACCACGGGCACAGAGCAGCUGCAGCCCCAGGCAGGGCAGGAGGAGGUGCUGCCAAUUAUGUGGGGGCAGAAGGACGGGGUGGUCAGGAGCCCAGCACUGCCAUGUAUGCCCCAUUUGGGGUCCUGCAUCCCAGUUGGGGUCCUGGGAUGCUGCUGCCUGUGGGCCAGUCAGGUGGCACUGAUUUGUGUCCCACAGCGAGCCUCUGGGCAGGUCUUGCUGGUGCCAGGGUGAAAGGCAGAGCUGUAGCAGGCAGGGCAGAUGGUGGCCCCCUACACCAGGUGGUACUGCCACUGAGCCCCUCACUAAAGCCCAGAGAGUGGAUCAGGGAGAGCUGGCAGGGAGUGCUGCUUCCCUGGGUGCCCUGGGCAGAGCAGGAGACUGGCCUCGGUGCCCCCAGAGCCCCCAGGCACACCACAUGUUGAGGAGGAGAAGCCUGGGGGCCCUGGUGUGAAGCAGCCGCUGGCCCUGCUCAGGCAGCAGCACACUGAGCAGGAGGGGAGGAGCUGUGCAGGCUGGGGGACUUCAUGGGUGGUGGCAGUGAGGGAGGAAGGGGCCGUGGAGGGCAUCUGCAACAGGGACAGGGUCCCAGCUGUCUGCAGGGCAGGCAGGUGAUCCCCUGCAGUCCCUUCUGCCCUGGGCAAGCACAUGGGGCUCCCUUCAGUCAGGGCUCAGAGCGGGCAGGAGCUGGCUCGGUGGGCUCAGCUGGGUGGCACCGGCUCCCUGCUCUGCCAUGGGCAGCCAGCUGGCCUGCCCGUGGAGCCCCUCAGCCCAGGGGCUGCACAGGGGCCCAGUGGGUGUGAGGCUGCCAGCCCAGCUCGGGGCUUGCAAGGAGCCCUGGCACCGCUGGCUCUGGCACCGACAGCGGGGCUCUCCCUGCCCUGUGCCCUGCCAGGGUUGGGGCCCCUGGCGCCUCUGCAGUGGGGUGAGUUCCUCGGUCCCCUUAUCCCGUGUGGGUUACCUGGGGCAAGGGAGGCAGGCCCUGUGUCCUGCCCAGCAGCUGAGCGUGGCACAGCCAACCCUAAAAGGGUGGUUGCACCCCGCUGUGAGCAGUGAGUGCACGGGGGUGUCCUGGCCAGGUGGCAGGCUGUCUCUCCAGAGCAGCAGCUGGGUUUUCCAGUCAGUCGGCUUCAAUACUUGUUGCUGCUUUUCUCAAAGCUCUGCCUCUGCUAGAGAGAGUACCAGGUUUGAGAGGGAGCAGUUAAUUUAGGAAAACUUAGCUGAGCACUCAUACCUCUUUUCCUCCAACUUCCCAAGCCUUUCUCACUUCCCUGGAUCAGACAGCAGCUGAGCACUGACAGAGCAGCACUGCCUGGCGUUAAGCAGUGGUGACAGCUGGGUUUCAGUAAGUAGAAUAAUGGAGGGGGGGGGCUGUUGUCGAAGUCACUAAAUGCAGCCCGGGCAAGGGGCUCCAGCUGUGGCGUGGAACGAGGCUGGCUGCCUCUGGCCACUUGUGAAAGCACCUGGGUUUUAAGUUUUUUUUCCACCUGUCCUAAGCAGUGAUGUAUGAAACUACCCAGCCAUUACAGGAGUCCUUUUUGCCCUCCUUCAAGCGUGGCACUGUGACCCAGCUGUUCAAGCACUGGAGAGCAACUGCUGGCUUUGCUCCUGCAGGACUGCAAGGAUCUGAGGUGGUUCUUAACACCUUUGGAUCACUUCAGUCAAAAAGGUUUCCACCUCAUUUUAAAACCAAAGCCUGGGAAGUGAGGGAACUCUCAAGUGGCCCAUCACCGGAUAAAGGUACUGCAUGAGUGUCUCUGGGGAGUCCUGGAUAGAGGAGACAGAGGUGCGAGGAUGGGGGGCUCAGCAGGGACUGUUCAGCUGCACCCAUCUGCACUCCUGCAAUAGGGCUCACCCCCUCCAGCAUGUUGGAGUGCUUUAUUGUGGACAGAGUUGCACCAUGUUGUGUUACAGACUGUAAAUAGUUGUAUUAUAGGCUAAUUUGUACCUAAAGAAGCCUUAUGUAGUGACCUUUGGUACAGGUUAGGGACAGGUGUGUUCUCAGCAGUGAGGCAGGUCAGGCGCAGAGACACCGUGGGAGUCUCCUGCUGUAAUCCAGGGCAUUAAAUGAUUCCAACCUCCUCCAGUCCACGCCUUGCUGGACUCCUCUCUCUCUAUAGUGCCUUUUGUAGAUACAGCUACACACACAUCAUGCAAUACAGUGAACAAAACCAUGUCAGAGGUGGUAUUUUGCUGUUUUUGUUUUUUCCAAAGUGCAACUGGCUGUGUAAAGAAAUCCAAGAUUAGCUACAAACCGUUGCCUGUUGAAAAAUGCGAGGGCAUUUUCAGCUUUGAUGUAAUGGCAGGGUAACACAAUCAACUCGUGUUUGAGCCUGGCUUCUCAGCAACAAGUGGCAGGAGGGGGGAAGGAGCCGUUGCCGUGUGCCCUGUCUGCUGCAGCCAAUUUACAUGUUGGGUUUUGCCUCUUCCGUUACCGAUGCUGUUCAAUGUUGCUUAAAUAACUGUACUAUAUUAUGUGAAAAGCUGAAGAAAUUUUAUUCAAAGAGAAGUAUUAAGAUUAGUUAUUUAUGAGGAUAAAAAAUAAGUGUGUGUUGUUUUCUUUA